UUUUAAAAAUAUCUGAAACUAUGUUUAAAAAAGAAAAAAACUCCAAGAAAGCAGAUAUGGCAGCUUCGAUUCUGCUCCCCAUUGUUCUCCAAAUCCGUCGGAUUCAAAUGCCAAUGAAAACCCCUUUCAAUUUCAACUUCAAUCAUCGCCCUGCCAUUUUCUCUCAUCCGCUUAACAAUUUCUCCUUCUCUUCCCCUUCUCUUCCACUCUACCCAACCCGAUUAUCAUGCGCUCUUUCUCCUACUCCGCCGUCGCCAUCGCCAUCGCCAUCGGCACCACCAGUGAAGGUUCUAAUGGAGAAAAUGGAUCUUAUCGGAAUAGUCUGUGAUGAACAAUGUACUCCUGGAAAAUACUAUUGCCUGCUCUGUCCCAAGUGCAAGGGUGGGCGCUUAAUGGAGAGGAGCUUAUCUCUACAUGUAAUUCCAACAGGAGAUUUUGCAAUGUGGAGGUGUUUCCAGUCUGAGUGUGGUUGGGCAGGCCGGAUAUUUGCAGAUGGCAGAUUGGCGUUUAAUGAAUUCAGCAGAACUGCAAAGUUGUUUGGAGGAACUGUGAAGAAGAGUCUUAUUUUGGAGCCUCUUGGUGAUGAGCUAAUCACUUACUUCAGCAAGAGAAUGAUAUCCCAGGAAACUCUCAAAAGGAAUGUUGUUAUGCAAACAGCUGGUCGUCAGGCUGCAAUUGCAUUCACUUAUCGACAAAACGGACAGCUAGUUGGCUGUAAGUACCGAACCAUAAACAAGAAAUUUUGGCAGGCGAAGGGCACAGAAAAAUUGUUUUAUGGGAUUGAUGAUAUUAAUGAUGCAGAUGAACUCAUCAUUGUCGAAGGUGAAAUGGAUAAACUUUCAGUAGAAGAAGCUGGCUUCCUCAAUUGUAUCAGUGUUCCUGGUGGUGCCCCAAAUAAGGUUUCAACUAAUGCAGUAGCAUCAAUUCAAAAGGAUACUGCAUAUCAGUACUUAUGGAGCUGCAAAGACUUGUUAGAUAAGGUUCCCCGCGUUAUAUUGGCUACUGAUAGUGAUGAACCAGGGCAAGCUUUGGCAGAAGAGCUAGCGCUUCGGCUUGGAAAACAUAGAUGUUGGCGGGUAGACUGGCCCUAUAAAGAUGACUUCAACCGUUUUAAAGAUGCCAAUGAGAUUCUGAUGCAGUUGGGGGCAGAUGCUUUAAAGAAAGCAAUUGAAGAUGCCAAGUCAUAUCAACUUUGUGAUACAGAUCACAUACAAGUAGAAGGGGACCUCGAGAGCUUCCAUGAGCCUUCGUAACUACGGAGAAUCAUCGGUAACAAUUAGGUUCAUGAAUUGCAUGGGAAUGAACGUUUCGUGCAGUUGAAACAUUGAUAUCGACUUUGAUUUUACUUUGAAUUAAAAUAAAAACUAAAGUUUUUAUAU